ACCACUUUGGCUGCCCAGUCUCUGUUCCUGACCGAGCCACUCCUUCGCUGCAGGUGCGGAGCCUGGCAGCAAGGGCAGACCGCGACCCUCGAUCUCAGCAUCGGUGCAAUGGCGCCCGGGCGCACAGUCGCCGCUGCCAGCGCCGCGACGGCUCUGACCUUGCGCGUCAGGACUGCCAUGGCGGCAGGUGACGCUGGGGGGUUCUGUUGCUGGGCCGCGGACGACCUCACGGACUUCUGCGGCACCUGCUUGCCGAUGGCCGUCGCGGGGCCCACUAGCUACUGCAGCAAGUCCCAGGCCGCGUGCGGCUCGUGCGGGUCGGCUACCUGGUGCGAGGAGAGCACCAGCAGGGACCAGAAGGCGGUUGCCGGCACCGAGCUGCUCCUGAGUUUCGACGGCACGCAGGCACUCGCCGAGGGCGGCGUCAUCGGGCUGCGGGUGGGCGGCAAGACCUACAACGUCACCGUGGUAGACUCCAGCUUCGAGGCGUUUCCGACGCCGGCUCCCACCCCGGCUCCGACGGCUGCGGCACCAGCACCGACGCCUGCAGCGGCACCGGUCACGGGCACCUUGGUGCCGAAUGUCGAGGCCGUGAAGCAGCACGGCCGGCUGCGCGUCCAAGGCAACAAGAUCGUCGGGGAGCACGGGCUUCCAGUGCGCUUGCGCGGCAUGUCCAUGUUUUGGUCGCAGUGGAUGGGCCAGUAUUGGAACCCGGACACUAUCAGGUGGCUCAAGGAGGAUUGGCACGUGUCAUUCAUCCGCGCCGCCAUGGGCGUUGAGCAGGGCGGCUACUUGGAGAACCCCGGAGAAGAGAAGGCGAAGCUGCAGGCCGUGGUGGACGCCUGCAUCGACGCGGGCAUUUACGUGGUCAUCGAUUGGCACGCCUACCACGGCGAGGACCACGUCGAGGAGGCGAAGGCCUUCUUCGGCGAGAUGGCCCAGAUGUACGGCGACAAACCCCACGUGCUCUUCGAGACCUACAACGAGCCUCAGCAGGUCGACUGGUCGGGCGUCAUCAAGCCGUACCACGAGCAGGUCGUCCCUGUGAUCCGGGAGCACUCCGACAACAUCAUCAUCCUGGGCACCAGGACGUGGUCGCAGGAGGUGGACGUGGCCUCGCAGGACCCGGUCCAGGGCGACAACCUGGCCUACACGGUGCACUUCUACGCCGCUUCCAUGGGCGCCGACCUCCGCGGGAAGGUCUCGACCGCCCUGGCCAACGGCGCGGCCAUCUUCGCCACCGAGUGGGGCACCUGCGAGUACACGGGCGACGGCCGCCUGGACCUGGAGGAGGCCCAGGCCUGGCAGGACUUCAUGGAGGAGAACCACAUCUCGGACUCGAACUGGGCAGUGAGCAACAAGGAGGAGUCGUGCUCCGCGCUGCGCGGCGGAGCCGGUGGGUCCGGGGGCUGGUCGGAAGGCGACCUGUCGGAGUCCGGCAAAUGGGUGCGCAACUCCAUCCGGGAGUACAACUCCGACGAGCCGCUGGCCAGCGUCGGCGCGGCGAGCCAGGUCGCCUCCGGGGGGCAGCUCGAGAAGAUCGUCAUGAAGAAGCACUCCAUGAUGCGCGGCCCUGUCCGCGCUUCGAGCGGCAGCAGCAGCGGGUGGCUGCCGGCCACUGGGGCCGCGGUGGCAGCGUGCGCGGUCGGCGCCCUGGCGCUUGCAGCGAGGGCAGCGCGGACCAGGCACAGAGCGGGGUUGGCGCGCUUUCUGGCCGUUGACGGGCAGCCCAUGGACAUCCCCAGCGGCUCGGAAGCCCUGCCGCAGCCUGAGUGA